AUGCAGAUGGGCAUUUUGGUGGGUUUGGUUCAAAAAAUUGAAGUUUACAAAAGAAAGGGCAAAGCAAGCCGUGAUAUGGAGGUGGAGGCAGAGAGAAGGAAGUGGAGAGAGCGUAGUUUUAUUAACAAGAAAACGCCAACUCUUUCGACGUGUUCCGGGACACUCGUCAACCGGCGAAUAGCAGCACACCCCAAAUCUUGCGAGGAUGUGUGGUACGGCCGGGCUAGAAAGAGGUCCUCUUUUGUUAACUCUUCCGAUGUGUUUCGGGACACUCAUCAACCAGCGAAUAGCAGAACACAAGUCUUGCAGAUGUUUGAUGCCGGUGGAUUCGUAAGAACGAUCGCUCAUCGAGUAAAGAAGUUUGACACUCAGGUGCCUCCAGUGAUCAUGGUCCAAGACCUGUGUGGACUACAGAGAACUCAAUACCAUUUCAAUAUAGUCCUUGGCUUUCCAAGAGUUCUCUUGGUGGAGACAACCAACACAGAUAGUAGCACGGCUAAUAGUGGCCCUAUACAUAUACGCGAAUAUGUGGAUGUGGACGAAGAGGAAAGAAAAGAAUUGAACGCAGUUAGAAUACGAACUAGUAAUUUCCUACAAACGGCUAGAAAAAUACAGGUGGCUCUUGAGGAAAUAAUAAUAUCCAAAAGAGAUAAGAGUGAAGAAGAGACUUUGAAACAGGAGAUUGCAUGUCUGCAGCAAGAUAUCGAGAAGAAAAAGGCAACCAUUCAGAAACACACAGCGCUAAUGCUCCAAUGGUCAGCCGAAUUUGCUCAGCUAGAAGAGGAAGCCACAGCACCACUAUAA